UUGACCCACAUAGACCAGCACUGAGGAUGGAAAUAAGAAUGUUGCUUCCAUUGCUGCUGCUGCUGGUCUGCUCCGUCUCUGCAGCUCAACCUCAAGCGGCGUCUGAAAAUGACAUUCUUUCACAUCUAAGGCAGACGGGGGGACAGGUGGAACCGGACCAGCAGACCUGCACACAGGACAUCAACGCCGUCCUGAGGGAGAUGAGCGCCUGGUUGGCCGGACUGAAGGUAGAGGUGCAGCACCUGCAGAGAGAUAAUGAAGUGAAGACGAAAGAGCUGGAAUCACUGAACCAACGGUACCAAGCUCAGGCGGCAGAGCUUGCUGCUGUUAAAGCCAAAGCAGUCGGCACCGAAAACCAAGUAGAAGCUCAGGUAUCAGAACUGGCUGCAGUUAAAGCCAAGGCUAACGUCACUGAGAGCCGAGUGGAGGCUCUGAGGAGAGAAGGAGAAGCCAAGCGACUGGCUUUCUCCGCCGCUCUGUUGGAGUCGGGUGCAGGAAACCAUGGGCCGUUCAACACACACACAACCAUGGUCUUCAGACAUGUUACCACUAAUAUUGGAAAUGCCUACAGUCCAAGUACAGGGCUGUUUACUGCACCAGUAAGAGGAGUGUAUCACUUCGAGUUCCACAUCUACGGACAUGGAAGUUCUACAAAUCCCACAGCUGCGAUGUUGGUCAAGAAUGGAGUGCAAAUCUUUGCAACGUAUGAAAAACAGUCAGAAGGCGGUCAGAAGACUUCUAACGGCGUUACACUGCUGUUAAACAUCGGAGACGUUGUAUUUAUGCGUUUGCUGGCUAAUUCAUGGGUUCAUGACAAUCAAGAGCAUCACACUACCUUCAGUGGCCAUCUACUGUUCACCAUGUAGGAAUGUAACAGGGUUUUACUUUGAAAUUAAAAUCUGUGGUAGAAACCAGGCAGCACAGAUCUGCAUCAAAGAUUAUCGUUUCAAAAAUAAUAAACAGUUGAUUACAUUUUGGUUUAAAUGUGCAUUUUCUAAAUCACACAUAAUUGAGAUUAUUGAAAAUAAUUUUUUGCAUAAUAUUUUAUUCAAAUAACACUGCAGAGCAGCAAUCUGCUGUAACCUCUAUAAUGUCAGAUUUUUUUUUUGAUUCCUGAUGGGGGUUUUUUUGGAGAAUUUGUAAUACAGUUGAGAGAAAAUGUAUUUCUCCAACUUGAAUUGAAAUCACAACAUGAGUACUGAACAGAGCAGACCCAAGGCAUAUGCAAACUAAGCAGCUGCUUAGAGCCCCGUGGCUCCUAGUGCCCCCCCUAAGUAGAACAGAUUUUUGUGUGUGUGUGUGUGUGUGUGUGGGUGUGUGAGGUCCACGCAGCACCAGCGCCCCCUUCUGUCCAGUUUGGCACAUUGUUACACAUCUGAACAUGUUCUAAAAUCAAAUUGAGCAUUCUUAUAUAGAAUAAUUUCAAUAAAUAAACUUCUUUUUUAUAUCACAGGAUUAAUAAAGGUGUGUACAUUACAGUC